AUGCCAGCUCCAGCGGCACCUCCUGCUGUCCCACCCGGGCCCCCUCGCCUGCGGUUAGAUGACAAGGUACUAUCAUUAGAGUUCCAGCUCCUGGAUGCCCAGUUUAACGAGCCAGGACGUUACCAACUGCACCUUCGUGUGGAAAACCCAUUGCUAGAUAACUCAGUGGAAGGGGUUACAGUAAGAGUCAACAAUGGAGACAUGAUUCUGAGUAACCAGGCUAAGACGGAUAUUGCAGAGCAAGGAGAUCUCACAGACACACUUGCAUUUGACAAGAAUACCUUCUUGUUUGUCCUACCGAAAGGACUGUGUAAAAAUGAUAAACAACAUGAUGUCAGACUGUCUAUUGAUGUCCUAAAGUUUGGAGCAGGUCUUCUUAAGUCAAGCAAAAUUGUUGGCCAAGCAUUAUUUGCCAUCUACCCCAGAACGAACCAGCCUCGUAUUAAUCUACGUGCAGCACCCUUUGAGGCACUCUAUAACUAUCAGGGAGUGCUGGCACUUCUAAGAGUUGGAGGUGACCAAAUGGCAAUGCACUGUGGGCGCCUAGCAUAUAAGGUUUGCUUUAGGGAAUACCAACCUCCAAAAAUUGAGGAAAUUCCUGAAUCAGCCUCUCCUAUACCAUCUGUCAAAAGAACUGCAAACUCUGAUCCUGGAACCCCUAGAACUGACCAAUUCCAGAAAAGCAUUCAUCAAAAUGUUACACCUAGAGUACCUAGCACUAAGUCCAGCAUAUCCCACCCAGAAACUACCAGGUCAAUCCCAAUCCAAACUGACACUCCAAGGUCACAUCACAAUAUCCCUAAAAUCCCUGAAAAUCAAGAAUCUGAUGAGUACGAAUCUUCGGAUGAAGAACAGGAUGGUGUGUCACCUCGAGGGGGUCAUUCACAGGAAGAUCAGGAUCAUCAUAAAGAUGAAACCCAUAGGACUUUGCCUCCUUCCUUGGUGCACCCUGAAACCCGUAAGACACCCUACGAUGCUCCUUUGCUCCUUCCUUCACCUCCAAAAACACCAGCCUCCUUCCAAAAGACACAUGUUUUAGAGAAACCUCCAGCACAAAGAGACCCAGUACAUGGGGCGGAUAGAGAGAACGGACUCUUACCCUUACCUGGAAUGGAGAAGAUUGUUGUUACACUCCACUCAGCCAAACAUAUCCCCUCUAAUAGUGCUGGUUCUGUGCCAUCCCCAUUUGUCAGCCUAAUGAGCAGCACAGACGAGAAGACAGGAACUGCAGCACAGAGUGUAUCACAUGCUACCCACACUCCAAGUAACAGCCCUAUGUGGGGGGAGACCUUGACUAUGACAGUGAAAGAGGAAGAAGCAGAUCAAGAAGAUCUUAUCCUGACUGUGGCUGAUAAUCCCUCCCAAGAAUUUCUCCUUGACUACCGACUGCCCAUACACUUGCUGCAACCCUUCCACUCGUAUCAUCUAUGUUUGGUGCAGCCACAUGAUCAGGGUGCCGGUGAAUGCCAUCUUUAUGUCAGCAUUGAACGCAGAAGUAGCUCUAUAGCUCAACAGAGUGGAUUCACCUACAGUGCUUUACAGGUUCUUCUUGUUGGGAUAGAGUCUCCGCUUCAAGGACAGUCUCAUCCACUUUUGGCAGUAGCACGAAUUGUUCCCAACUACAAAGAUUACAGCCAGACCCAGAAGCCUCCUGGUAUGAGUGGAGUACCUCAUGUCACAGCUAGUUUUCCAGAUCCUCCAGCAUCUUUAUUCCUCAUGCCACAGACAGCCACACAGGGACACCCACAGAUUUCCUCUCCUGGAUUGCCACCAUCUCAUCCUAUAUGGAAUUCCUCCUACCUGUUUCAGGGAAGAGAUGGGGUGACUCUCUUCAGUGAAGGAGCCGCCCUAGUCUUAGAAUAUUACCCAGUCACUUCUGAAUCCAGACGUGUUCCUUGGUAUCUCUCUAAUUACUGUGGCUUCUCAGUUAUCCCUUUGGACACAGAGAUCUAUCACAAGUUGAUGUCGGGCAGUAGUAACAAUGCUCUCACCUUAACUAGCGUGCCAAUAAAGGGAACAGAAAUGAGGACUGUCUCUGGUGGGUCUCCCUCUGUGUCAUUGCAACUGCUGCUACUGAAGUCUGAGCAUCCGGAGAUGUUUUUAAGUCCAUCAGAAACACAGUCUUCUACUGGAAAACAACAGCACCCUGCAAACAACACUAAUGUGUCCUUUAGAAAUGCAAGCAGGGGUGAGCUACAAAAAGAUGGGCCUUCUUUGCCUCCCUACAAUGCACUGGCUGACAUUCUUCCAGACCCAUGGAUUCAGCAGACACCAAGAGAACAGAAGCCUGCAGAUGCUGUGGGACUUCAACAACUGGCCAAUUCGAGCCUUUCUCAACAACACCUGAGUAAUAAUGUGGAACUGCCAGCAGACCCUGUGAUGGAGCAUCAAGAACAGGAGCUGGCAAACUAUCGCCUGGCAAUGCAGCGUAUGGCUGAUGACAUCAUUGCUCUUCGCCGUCAGAUGAGUGGACUGGAAUCAGAAAACAGUGCUUUGCGUAGUGAACGCAGCCUGAACCAGGAUCUGGGACGCAGCAUUCUCAGUGACACAGACAUCGAUGUCAUGACCAAAGCUGAAUUAGCUGAUCGAUUAGUAACACUGAAACAGAAACUAGCAAGUGAAACAUCAGAGCUGCGUGGCAUCAAGGACCGGGUUCAGCACCUGCAGAAUGAAUUAGUCAGGAGAAAUGAUCGGGAGAAGGAACUACUUCUGCUGCAAAGAGCACACCAACAACAGCAGGCUGUGCUAAACCAGUACCACCAGCGACUGAGUCGGGCUAAAUACUUACAGGAUACUGUGCGGAAGCAGGAGAAGGUAAUUGAGAAAAUGGAAAAACUCCUGGACAAUAAACUCAGGGAUGAGAAGAAGAAUCGUGCUGACAAAGGAGAUCGAGGGGCUCGAGUUGAGGCUCUACAGGGAGAGGUUUAUGCUACAUUACUAGUUGAGAACACACGUUUAAGGGAAGAAUUGGAUAAAGCUCGACAACCAACCACAGUACUGACUCAGAUACAUCCGGUUCCUGAGUCAUUAACUGACAGUGAGAAGUUUUCUCUUCUAAGCAAACUGGAAAAGUCACAAGCCAGAGUGCAGAGCCUAGAGAGAGAGCUGGAGGACUCAGCCCGGCGAUGGGGCCGUGACAAACAGAACCUCCUUACGCACAUUUCGGAGCAGCAGAUGGGAUUCAGCCGGACCCAGACCACUAUCUUGCACCACUUUCCUACUAAGGACUCAGAUCCUCCCACAAAAAGACAUGUCAAGCUUGAUCCUUUAAUAUGACUUUCACAGAAAUAGAGAACAUUCUUAAAUGAUUAUGAAACUGUUACAAAGCAAUGGACAAAUACCUUUAUCAAGGCAUACAAGCAUUUUACUGGAAUCCAUUUAAAGCUCCAAGUCCUGAAGAUACAAAAUAAUGUCUAUAUGGUCAUGAAA